UUGACUGAACUUUCAAAGCUCAUCAAAUUUGUAAUUUUACUUAACUCAUGAAGUGCUCUCACAUGUGUAACAUGGUUUUGUUUUAAGAAGGAGAUUCAAGAGGAUCGAGAAUUAAAAGAGGAUUGGCACAAGGAUGGCCCGUAAGGUACUUGGAGGGCACAAAGAGUAGAUAUUCAUACACUACAUUCUAUUGGAGGCCCCUAAUUAAUAUUGUUGACUAGCUGAUUAAAAAGGUGUUUGAACUUGAUGGGCAUGAGGAGGGGAGUAUCAGUCCUUGCACAAAAGAUGGGUCAAUUGAUUGUUAUGGAAAACCUGCUAUAAAAGCUAGGACAGGUGGAUGGAGGAGUGCCUCAUUGUUGUUAGUUAAUCAAUUACUAGUUGCAUUGGCUUUCACUGGAGUUGAGGUAAAUUUGGUUCUAUUUGCAAAGUUAGUAUUGAGACAGAGUAAUGCAGAGUCAGCUAACACUUUUAGUAGAUGGAUGGGAACUACCUAUUGCUUCUCUCUAAUUGGAGCUUUUCUUAGUGACUCAUACUUGGGAAGAUACCUCACUUGCAUCAUUUUUCAAGUUGUGUUCAACAUUGGAUUGGUUUUAUUAUCCUUGUCAACUCACUUCCUUUUACUUAAACCUCAAGGUUGUGGAAAAAUAGGAUUCCUAUGUGAACCUCAUACACCAUUUCAAGUUGCAAUACUUUACAUAUCAAUAUAUCUUAUAGCUCUUGGAAAUGGAGCUGCUGAUCCUGCAUUAGCAACAUUUGGUGCUGAUCAAUUUGAUGAAGAAGAACCUAAAGAAGAAAAAUCUAAGACCUUAUUUUACAGCUACUUUUAUGUGGCAUUGAAUCUAGGAUCUUUAGUGGCUGAGACAGUAUUGGCUUACAUAGAAACUUCAGGAAAUUGGAUUCUUGGAUUUUGGAUAUGUUCUGGUUGUGGAUGUUUUUCAUUUCUUGUUUUUAUGACUGGAACUCUUAGAUACCGGCACAUGAAGACGUCUCAAAAUCCGAUUUCUAGAUUUGCACAAGUGAUUGUGUCUUCUGUGAAGAAAAUUAAAUUUCAAAUGCCUGCAAAUGGAGAAGGACUUUAUGAAAUUCAAGAAGGGGAUGAUUCUAGUGGUAGGAGAAUGCUCCAUACAAAUGGCCUCAGGUUUCUUGAUAGAGCUGCAAUCAUUUCCAUAAAUGAAAAGAACAAGUUACAAGAUAAAAGCCAAAUUCCAAAUCCAUGGCAACUAUGCACUGUCACACAAGUUGAAGAAGUGAAAUGCAUAUUAAGACUAUUACCAGUAUGGUUCUGCACCAUUUUCUCGUCGGUCGUCUUCAUACAAAUGCUCUCCCUAUUCGUCGAACAAGGUUCAACGAUGAACAGAAAAUUCUACAAGUUUCAAAUCCCUCCUGCAAGCAUGACAGCAUUCGACAUCAUAAGCACAUCGGCAUUCAUCAUGUUAUUCGACGUACUCAUCGUACCAAUCUACGUAAAAGUAAUGAAAAGAUCUCCAAAACUUCCUAGCGAGCUUAAGAGAAUCGGUAUCGGACUAGCUUUUACUAUAAUAGCCUUGGUUGUUGCUGGUUUAGUCGAGAGAAAAAGACUCGAAUUCGCUAGCAAAGACGGUAAAGAGACAAGUUCUUUGAGUAUAUUUUGGCAAAUACCACAAUAUGUGCUUGUAGGAGUAGCAGAAGCAUUUGUUUAUGUAGCACAGAUGAAUUUUUUUACAUCACAAGCACCAGAUGGAUUGAAAAGCUUGGGAAUGGGAUUGUCUAUGUCUUCAUCAGCACUUGGAAGUUAUGUUGCAAACACUAUUUUGAUUGUGGUAAUGAAGAUUACAACAAGAAAUGGACAACCUGGUUGGGUUUCACCUAAUUUAAAUGAAGGUCAUUUAGAUAGGUUUUUCUUCUUGUCUGCAAGUUUAACUGCUAUUAAUUUGGUAUUUUAUGUUGUAUGUGCUAGAAGAUAUAAAGUUAUAGAAUUUGAGAAAAGAGAAGAGGGAAAUAAUGAGGAAGUUGUGAUUUGAUUUUAUAGAGUAUGGUAGCAAAGUUUUUGGAAGAGUAUUGGGAGAAGGUGAGGUUGAUAGGAAACUAAAUAAAGAAUUUUUUUUUUGGACUGUAUGUCUUUAUACUUGUUUAUUUUUAUUUGAAACAGAUUCAUAGAAAGGUUUGUCAUCAAGUACUAUUCUAGAGGCUAAAAUUUUCUAAUCCAAUUGGUACUUGAAA